CUUUCUCUCUAGCAUCAUGUAUGAACAGUACUGGUCGAGCUGAUCGCUCACAACAUCAUAGAUCAUACCAUAUAUUACCCUGAACUUUCAUCCGAUCGCUCAUCAUUCAGGAAUUCGAGCUCUACCAGAAACAAUCAAUCACCAACAAAUCUCAGAUUAUCCGCUAUGCCCAAAGCAGUUGCAGAGAAACGAGGGGGAGGCAAGGCAAAGAAAGAUCCGAAUGCUCCGAAGAGAGGAUUAUCUGCUUUCAUGUUCUAUUCGACCGCUCAACGGGAGAAUGUCAAGAAGAACAAUCCUGGGAUCUCAUUUGGUGAAAUCGGAAAGCAAUUGGGCCAGCAAUGGAGGGAGAUGACCGCCCAGGAGAAGGCACCUUAUGAGAAACAGGCAGCCGCGGACAAGGAACGAGCUGAAAGAGAAAAGAAACAGUAUGAAGGAGGUGUUCCGGCGAAGAAGCCGACCUCGAAAAAAGCUGCUGCUCCCGUUCCGGAAGACGACGACGACGACGAAGAUGACGAAUGAACCACUUGAGACUAAGAUUACGGUGCUGUCGGAUAUCGCUUCACCCACCAUACGCUACUUCCCAUUUUCGUUUUCGACCUUCCUCUUUAAAAUCGUUUGUGUCCAGUCUAUCCUGUUGUUGCUUUGAGAUCCCUCCCGUUUCUUUCCAGAUUUACGUGCCUGGCAUUGUCAACAUGUCUAUCAAGGCCUCGUUUAUUAUCAUCGCGCCGUUUAGUUAUCAGGCUAGCCCACUAAAAUCGUAUAAAUAUGCCCACCGAACAAAAGCGAUCUUGUUACUGCCUGUAGAUAGGUUCGAGCCGAGCGAAAGUAUCUGGCACGAUCGUCGAUCGGAUUGAUCGUUUGGUAAUGAUGAUGACAGCAUACGGUCGCAUGUCCGGUGAGAGUCGGAUGAAGACGGACCACAUAGACAGAAUGAACAGAGAGAUCGAUUGUCCGAGCAGCGACGCACAAUAUUUGCUUAGUCUCAUCAUCCGAUAGGC